GUGCUGCUGUGUUUUGUUUGUGAGUGAAAUGGCGCCAUCUGCCGGUCUCAGUUCGACAUGCAGUUAAGAAACAAGUGAUGCUGUGGUUUGACAGCAUCAGAGUCAUGAUGACUGAAUCUGCUCUUCUUCUGCUGUGUGUCGCUGGACUUCUGUCUCUCGCCUCCACGUGUUACAUCCAGAACUGCCCAAGAGGAGGAAAACGCUCGCUGGACACCGUCUCCAGACAGUGCAUGACAUGUGGUCCCGGUGAUCAGGGCCAUUGUUUUGGCCCCAGUCUCUGCUGCGGUGAGGAGAUCGGCUGUCUCAUGGCGUCUCCGCAGACGCUGCGCUGUCAGGAGGAGGACUACCUCCCGUCUCCGUGUGAAGUUCCGGGGAAACCCUGCGGCUCUGAUGAGGGGCGCUGCGCGGCACCGGGUCUCUGCUGCGACGCGGACGGCUGCAUGUUCGACCCAAGCUGUUCUGAGGACCGUAAGAGUGGCGACCGGUCGGAGCAGAGCGCGGGUUUCCUGGGAGCGUCACCUGGAGAGUUUCUGAUGCACCUCCUGCACCUGAGCAACAAGAAACAGAAUCGCCUCUGA